UACUGGGUCAAUGUCUUUCGUUGCAGAAAUCGAUUGGCGUCGUCCACCUUUGAUUUUGGGAAUGUGACAAAUCUCAAACAUGGGGAUGUAGUUUUUGUCGAUUUUUUUUUCUGAUGAACUUCUGUCUGAUUUAUUACAUCUUCCGGCGAUUCAACUCUUCUUCCACGGCAUUGGAUGGUUCCUUUCCCUGACGCAGGAGAGAAAGGUGUUUAGGGUUCUUGUCUGAAUGGACUUGAAAAUGGAUAAUGUAAUCGGUGGCAAGUUUAAGCUUGGUCGGAAGAUCGGCGGUGGCUCUUUUGGAGAGCUUUUUCUUGGAGUAAGUGUGCAAACCGGAGAAGAAGUCGCUGUUAAGCUGGAGCCUGCGAAAACUAAGCAUCCACAACUUCAUUAUGAGUCCAAGAUUUACAUGCUUCUACAAGGAGGAACUGGCAUCCCCAGCCUCAAGUGGUUUGGGGUUCAGGGAGACUACAAUGCGAUGGUCAUUGAUCUGCUUGGUCCGAGUUUGGAAGACUUGUUUAACUAUUGUAAUAGGAAGCUCACUUUGAAGGCUGUUUUGAUGCUUGCGGAUCAACUGAUUAGCAGAGUUGAGUAUAUGCAUUCAAGGGGAUUUCUACACCGAGACAUAAAACCAGACAAUUUCUUGAUGGGACUUGGUCGCAAAGCAAACCAGGUCUAUGUCAUUGAUUUUGGACUUGCAAAGAAGUAUAGGGAUCUCCAAACACAUAGACACAUCCCUUACAGAGAAAACAAGAACCUUACCGGCACAGCUCGGUAUGCUAGCGUCAACACUCACCUUGGUGUUGAACAAAGUCGAAGGGAUGAUCUGGAGUCUCUUGGUUAUGUGCUCAUGUAUUUCCUGAGAGGAAGUCUCCCAUGGCAGGGACUAAAGGCUGGCACAAAGAAACAGAAGUAUGACAGAAUCAGCGAGAAGAAAGUUUCAACUCCUAUAGAGGUUUUGUGCAAAUCCUAUCCACAAGAAUUCGUAUCAUACUUUCAAUACUGCAGGUCCUUGCGAUUCGAAGACAAACCAGACUACUCGUAUCUAAAGAGGUUGUUCCGAGAUUUGUUUAUCCGCGAAGGUUAUCAGUUUGACUAUGUAUUUGACUGGACUGCACUGAAACACCCUCAGAGUAGUUCUAGCUCCCGGUCCAGCUCUCACGGAAGGCAUCGUACCGGUAAACCAGUUGUGGCUGCGGGACCAUCUGCUGAGAAACCUGAAAGGAUCUCAGUUGGGAGGGAGAUCCGCGACAGAUUCUCUGGUGCAGUUGAAGCAUUCGCGAGAAGAAACGCUACAGGAGCCACUCCCCAUCAAAACCAGACCAAGCAUCGAACUCUUGACGAUGUUCCUCCACCAAUGAAACCUGCUGUGAAUAUGGUAUCUGAGAAAGGAAGAAACACUUCCAGAUACGGAAGUGCUUCAAGGAGAGCGGUGGCCUCAGGGAGUAGACCAAGCUCUUCAGGUGAACAAGGGGACAGCCGCGGCUCAAGCCGUGUGGCCUCUAGUGGAGGUGGUGUUCGACCAUCUGUUUUCCAGAGAGCUCAAGCGGCAGCUGGUGUGAGUGGAUAUGAGUCGAAGACAGCCUCUGCCUUUAACCGCAACAGAGUGGCUGCUUCUAGGACUGCACGUGAUGAUGCUCUCAGAAGCUUUGAGCUUCUUUCGAUCCGCAAAUGAGAAAGAAGUAAGAAACAAAACGAAAGUUACUAUAAAUCAUCUCCUUUUCUGUAAAUUGGAUUCUUCUUUACAUGUGUGUUGUUGUUUGGUCCUCACGUUUCCACGAAACUCCCAUUUUUUUCAUGUAUUAUGAAUGUAACGUUUCUCUGGAUUUUUGUAUUAAAUUGUUACGCUCUUGUACUGUAAUCACGACAAGUUGUUACUCGUAUAUCUUGAUUUUUUUUGUGUUU